AUGGCGUACUCUAUUGCGACACGAUGCUGCAUCGUGGCAUUCGCUAUCGCAUGGCACUGCGCGGCAUUAGAAACCACAGAAAUCGGCAUCAGUAGCUCGGCAGCCCAAUUGGAUAGUGUUGGUAUCGAUGGCCCGUGGCCAGUCAUUGAGGUCCUGUACAGUGAUGGCCAGGACGCGUUGCAGCUAUAUCCAACAUUUCUGAAUGCGUCGGUCUUGAUCCGGCCACAGCAGUGCGGCGAUGCUGUCACAAAUGACACUUACCAGUGUUCCGAGGUGACAUAUCCUCGCUUCUAUGAAGCGAACGCCUCUGGACCUACGGAGACACUCUACAAUACUCCUGUCAACUAUAGUCGACCGUGGACGAAUACUACUGAGUUCUACAAUAAUAGUAGAAGCCUUGAUGUUGGGAAAGUCAUGGCGUUGGAGGGCGGGCAAUACUCACUGGAGGAUGUCAAUAUAACGAUACCAGGCGAACUCCAUGUUCUCAUGCCCAGCUAUGUUAUCGAUCAUCCCAUAGCACUCAUGUCUAACAACUCAAUGGAAAGUCCACUUCUCACCGGACUCUUCUCGCUUCCCUACACCGCCGCAAGACUGGUCGAAACUGGGCAGACCGAGUCCGAGUUCUUCAGCAUUCACGGUGGGUCAGUUGAGCCAAACGUGCCCGGCUCCUUGGUCAUGGGAGGCUACGACAACAAUCGAAUACUCGGAAACCUUGUGAACGCAGGUCAAACAGGAUUUGCUGGGGAAUCUUGGUUCUCUUACAGCGGUCUCGCAAUCACGAAUGUCAAUAUCGGCGUGAAGGCCGGCUUCUUACCCCUGGACAGCUUGAUGUUCAAGAACAAUAGCUACCCGCAGGGACCAUACAAGCAGGAUCCACGUUUGCGCUACACAGUAGACUCCGCUUCGACCAUCGAUAACAUUAUCCUUGACCCAGGCGCGCCCUACUUCCACCUCAACAGUCGUAUUUGCGACCCUCUCGCCGAGAUGCUCGGCCUCGAAUUUGACGAAACGCGUAACCUCUAUCUGUGGACAAACGAGGCCGACGAUCCGAUCUUUCGGAGCCCGACGUUUCUCGAGUUUGAGAUGGUGGGCUACAGUCCCGACGACACCUUCGACUAUGGCACCUCAUAUCGGAACGGUGCUGCGCCAACAAUAUCAAUCAAGAUACCUCUGGCUCAGCUUCAGCAUAACUAUCAUUCCUCGAUGCGGGCUGCGAACGGAACUCUUCUGCCUCCAGCUCGCUACUUCCCAUGCUCCACUUCGGAGUGGGACAAGCGCCGGUCUGGCUACUAUCGACUUGGACGUCCCUUCUUCCAGGCAGCCUUCGUCGCAGCCAACCACCAUUUCACCGACGAGCCCGGAAUACUGGCCGAACAUUGGCUGGCGCAAGCACCUGGCCCGGAUUAUAUAGCUGAACAUGGCAAGGAUGUGAAAGUUGCCUCCAAUGGAACCAUUGCAAAUCGAACGACCGAGGUGCUCGAAGCGAAUGCUUGGACCAAGAGCUGGUCCAGCGUGUUGCCUAUCUGGACCUUGGAUGUGGACGGACGUGCACUGGACGAGGUCAAUGCCCUGAAGCCAGCACAAGGCAUGAGCAGAGCACGAAAGCUCGGCUUGGAGAUUGCAUUGCCCAUCGUUGGAUCGGUCGUGCUCGGCGUUGCACUGUACUUCCUCAUCAAGGGAUGUAAAAGAUCGAGAGCUAAAUGGCGCAAUAUACAACAGCAGAUUGCGGAGGAGGAUGCAACUGCUUUAGAGAUCGAGAACUUGCUGAGCCAGGACCAGGAGAAAGAAAGGCUCGCACUGCAAGAAGAGCAGACCACCCGUGAUAGCCUAGCACCAAAUCGUAAAGCACCUGGCGCGAGAAGUCGGGUGAGCUCCAUCUCGGCAAGAGAGACGUCGCAUGGUUUCCUCCCGACCGCUGCUCGAAGUAGGCAGAGCAGCAUCAGCAGCGUUAGUGACGUGUCUUCUCGGUACAGAGACGACGCAGGUGGCGACGAGGCAGAGCCAGUCCCCGAUCAGGGUGCUUCGCAGGGCGCCCGUCUCACAACUUCGCAGAGUUACGCGGAUCUCGGUGGUCGUGAAGAAGCAAUCAGGAUAUGGCAGCGAAUCAGCAGGCUCGCCGACGAGGACCCGAAUCAGCAUAGAGUCCGAUGA